AUAUUACUGACGGACCUGGACAGGAAGCGCAAGGCAUUCUGGGACUUUUAGUUCUCAGAGAAUGGCGGUUGGCUUGAUAACACCGCGAAGAAUAAAACAAGAUCUUUACCACCGAAAAUAAAACGUCAGCCUCGGAUUCUGCAUAAAUUCAAGCUCCGCAUGCAUCCAGUCCGGAUAAUUUCGGGUAGAUUGAGUCGUCGCACGAAGAAAAGCGGCUCACUUUUGGUGAAAAAUAAACAGGAAGUUGUUAGCGUUGUGGGACGUGUAGUUCCGCCUGUAGGCCACUCAGCUUGAUAACAACGCAUAGAAAAAAGAAACAACAAUAAAAUAACCUAAACUUCAUCCGUAUACCGUGCGUUUAGCCUCGGGGUUGAAGUAACCAUGCCCGGGUUCACCUGCUGUGUCCCUGGCUGCUACAACAACUCGCACCGGGACCGGGACCUGCGCUUCUACACCUUUCCCAAAGACAGCACGCUGAGGGAGAUCUGGCUGAGGAACAUCUCCCGGGCCGGGGUCAGCGGCUGCUUCAGCACCUUCCAGCCCACCACGGGACACCGAGUCUGCAGCGUGCAUUUCGCCGGCGGGAGGAAGACCUACACCAUCCGAGUGCCGUCCCUCUUCCCUCUGCGGGGGGUCAAUGAGCGCAGGAGCCGGCGGGGCAGGGGCAGGAAGGUGUCCGCGGCGGUUCCUGCACCCGCCGCUGCAGCGACCUCCGGGGUCGUCCUCGCCAGCGUACUGGACAGCACUGCGGAGGGAGCCGAGGGCAAUGCCGGCGGCGAAGCGAGCGACGACACCAUCACCGUGGUUCAGAUAGGCCAAAACGGGGAGUACCUGGGCACGGCGCGGCUGCCAGCCCAGUCUGAGGGGACUUGUUACACCGCGCCGGUCGGCAACUCGGACGAGUUAAACACCGACGAGUCGGCGGUGGGGACCGCGACCACCGUGCGCCAUCAGCCCGUGCAGUACGUCAGCGUGACCAGCAGCCCGCUGGACCACUCGUACUCGCUGACCACCGGCACCACGUCCGCCGAGCUGCUGCGGAAACUAAACGAGCAGCGGGACAUCAUCGCACUGAUGGAGGUGAAGAUGAAGGAGAUGAAGUCGACCAUCCGCCAGCUCCGGGUGGCAGAGGCCAAACUGCAGGAGGAGGUGCGGGAGCGAGACCGGCUGCUUUACGGAAACUCGGUGGGUUUUGAUGUCCGGAAGAAAGUGUGAUGGGUGAACAUCACCGGAGACUACCCGUUACUGAGACUCAUACUAACGGAGAUGGCACCGACGGGUUUGAAGGCAGCAGAUCCAGCCCUAUUUUGUAUAAAACUACGAGCGAUGACAAUUUAUUUUCAACAAGUAGAGCUGAGUUUUCGUAGGCCUGAGUUUUAAAAAGAAAUUGACUGACUGGUUCAUGUUAGGGAUGUCCCGAUCAUUUUUUAAAUGUUUUUUUUUAUUUUAUUUUUUUGCCCCAUAUAAGAGUCAUUUGAUAUUGAGUAUCUGCUGAUACCGAGUCCCGAUCCAACACUUGUAUUUACUUGGAUACUACAGCUGCACAAUGCACUUUUCAAGUACUUUCAAGUUAUGAAAAUCAAUCCAUUGUUUAUGUUUGACAGUUUAAUAGGCAAAAAAAUUCUGCAUCCAAACAGUUCCUAAGGGUUACAUUUCCGCUUAUUACAGCAUUAUAGUAAAACUAGUUCACUGAAAAUGAACAACAGUAUUUAAAUUCCACUUAAAAUGGUAUAGCGGAUUUAGUUAAACAUGGAAAAAACAUCUGUUUCUACUUAUUGCAGUAGCAGCAUUACAAUAUGUUACAUACAAUAUGACACCUGUGUGAUGGAGGACGUAAACAAAGUAUCAGGCAGAGAGUGUUCAAAAUAAUCGAUCUCGACCAGUUUAAAGUGAUUGGGCCCAAUACCAAUCCUUCUGAUACGAUCGGGGCAUCCCUAGUUAAUGUAGCUUAUAUUAACAACAUAACUGUUAAUUCUAGAAACAUGCUUAGUCCACUGUUGACAUGCAGCCUGGCCACGAUCCAUAAUACACGUUUUUUUUAAUUCAACAGAGACUGAUAGUUUGCACAGACUUACAAGUUAGGCAGGCUUACACAUUUAUAACCGGACUGAAGAGGAAGAUGCUGAAAACUGCCUAGUUGCAUAGAAAGUUCUCUCUUUAAGAUUUCUCUUAGAAUUUGAUUUGAUUUGAUUUGAUUUACGAGGAUGUUGCGAAAAACAUCUCACAAUAGGUCUGCAGAGGUAAAGUAUGCCAAAAUGAGAUAUCUAUAGAUUUUUUGUGUGUGAACAAAACACUAUUCUUGGCACACCUGUUGUGUUAGUUAAUAAAACUCUACCAUGACUUCAUCGGAGAUGCCUUUAAAGGUACCUUAAAGGUGGGAUCAGCGAUUCUGGAGAAAGAUAGCUGAUAUAUGAAUUCAGCACCCAAACAAAUACACUCCCCCUGUCAUUUCCAUCCCUUACCCCCACUGCCUUUCAGUUGAUAAAUUCAUGGCUUUUAAGCUGUGUCCUGCUCACUACCAUGAACAUCACCUGUGGCUGAUAAACUGGAAAAGUGUUGUGUGGCUCAGUUCAAGCUUUGUUUGUUUUUCUGUUUACAGCCAGGACUGUGUAUGAAUACCAGAUUUUUUUUUUAGUGCACUCACAACGCAUCACCAGCGGACCGUGAGAAGAUUUUUGCUGACUGACAAAAACUGUAAUGGAUAAGAAUUGCUGACUGCACCUUUAAGUUGUUUUCCUUUUAUUUUUGUUUCCAAAGACACAUGCAACAGAAAAUGGACAUACAAGGAAUCCCUUCAAACAUAAAGGGGCUCUCAAAAAAUCUUAUUAAAUAUUUCUUGAAGGCAUUAAGUUAUAUUUGCUCACCCUUUUAAAAAAAGAAAUCUUAAGAGAAGUACAAAGAACAAUCUUUUGUCCAGAUACUUAAUGCAACUUGUACAUGUCUGCCCCGAGGCUUUUCUGUGAAACAGCACCUGCUUGUUGAUUGUGAUUCAUGUCCAAGUUUAGUGGCUGCAUUUCUCUGUCCUGUUCAUGAGUGUUUCAUGCACAGGAUGUUACAUUUCUGAUUUUUGAACUUGGUCUGACAGCUAUGCUCUCAUUUUGAAGUAAAAUUCAUUUUGAAACAGUGCUGAUUCGCGCUGAGUAAUUUCUUAAUUUAUGAAACGUGUCCUGAAUUUGUCCAAUGUUACGGUAAAGCAGCAGGGCAGAAGUUCAUGGCAUACUUUUUUAACUGCUUUUACCUCAAAGUUGAGGUCAACCCACCAGGGUCACAGUUACCUGUGCUCUUGUUUGCAUUUUUUCAUUAGGAGAGAAGAGAAAAACUUUAAUUUGUAGUGACUUAAGCUCUAGGACAUUUGAGUUUAGCUGUGGAAAAUGUAAUAAAAUUCAUCACAAAGGCUCAUAAUGGGGACUUAAUAUAAUCUCAAAAUUUAAAUUACAGCGUUUCUCCUUCUGUUGGGGGUGCUUAAAGCCUCACUCAACAUCUACUCUGUUAGUGUGAAAAGAGUGUCUUUGCAUUAUUAAGAGGCAUGUAAUAGUUGAAGUGAAGUGUGUAAGCCAUCAUUUUAGCAGUUUUUUCUGAAUCAUCUUGGAUCAAUACAUUUUUAAAGUCAAAUCCUUUAAAAUUAGCAUUAUAAUGGUUUCAUGAUGGGAUUACUAUAAUAGACCAUUAUUAAUGAAUUGGUCAGGCCAUAAAAUGUCCUAAAACAGCAAAAGAAGCCAUUAUAAGACACCACAGUAUAUCCUAGGACUGCUUCUUUUGGUCAACACCCAAAAAACAAAGUAAUUGCUAGUUUUUAAAGCAACUGUCACAUUUAAGAAA